UUCUCGGCCUUUUGGCUAAGAUCAAGUGUAGUAUCUGUUCUUAUCAGUUUAAUAUCUGAUAUGUGGGCCAUGUGCCCACUUCGAUAUUAAAUUUAUUUUUUGUGGGGGAGGGUCCACAACAGUGGCUUGCCCCUGGGGCCCUCGCGUGUCGCCCGGGCGUUGCACUACAGCCCGGGCCUGGCGCACCCCAACCAAAUCUAGUUUAAGUUUUAACUUAAUAACUAGUAACUACCCAAUUUAUAUCCGAGUUUUCUUUAGUUUAUUUAGUACGAUAUUUGUUGAAAAUACGAUUUCGUGCUACAGGGCGAAGAAUUUGAGUGUUUGAAAUAUGAAAUACUCGUAAGAAUUUGAAUGGUUAGGCACAUCGUUGUGUUUGCAACGCUGACCAUUCAGUACACAGGUGGAGUGAAAACGAGCAGCAGUCGUCGUCGAUCUCGAGCGCCACAUGAAAGUUCAUCCCAGAUCCAAACAAAGCCAUCUGGAAAAUCGAAGCGGAGCGGAACCCCCGCCGCUGAGCUGUGAGCUGCGGCAACCGCAGCCAUGGACGAGAGGCCAGCGCUCGCGGCGCCGCAGUCCCCGCCGUUCUCCGCCCAGGCAUCCCCGUACUCGGCGCUCCACCCGCUGCUCCUCCCGUCCCCUAACCCGCACCUCCUCCUCAAGCCCAAGACGCUGACCCUCUCGCUCUCGUCGUCCUCGCUCGGCUCGAUGCCGUCCUCCUCCCCGUCUGCCCCCGCCGUCCCCGACGCCUGGGAGCUGGUGGCGCCCACCGCCACCGUCGUCGUGGCGGGCGCUGCUGCCCCCGUGGACGGCGGCCUCGACGACUGUGACGACGUCUUCCCCCCGCGCCUCCACGAGGGGCUCGGCGUCGAGGGGGAGGCUGCGGCAAAGGAAGGGGAGGAAGAGGAGGAGGAGGAUGAGGAUGAGGAUUUUGGUGAUGAGUGGCUGUGGGGGUGGGGGAGGUGCCGCGCGGCGGCGAGGCGAGCGUGGGCUGCCGGGGUUGGGGCUGUGCGGGAGGGUUUGAUGGUGCACGGGACGUGCGGGUGCCCCGCGGUGAGGCCCGCCGUGUGGUCGGCCGCCGGGGCGGCCGUUGUGGUGGGGGCGCUGCUCUACGCUCGCCGGCGCGACAAGAGGGAGAGGGACCUGCUCGUGAUGCUCUCGCAGGAGAAGGAUAAGAUUGCGAAAUUGCUAGGAUUCAUGGGCAAUAUCGAUCGGUAAUGAUGAGAUCAAUUUAGAGCUUGUUAGUGUGACCAUCAAGAAACUUUUUUUCUGGAAGUUGAAAUGAUCAUUUCUUUCUUCAGGAUUUGAUUUGUAAUUGGCAUUAUUUGUAUGGUUGCUAAAAUGUAUAGUUACAUGCUAUACUAGGAGAUUUGGUAUGCAACUCAGUAAUUGAAUAACAUGCUCUUUCAUGGUAGAGGUGGUCUCAGAACCUACAGAAUGAGAACAGAGUAGUCAAAUAUUAAUGACCGGCGGUAGUGUCUUGUGUGGUGAUGUUAGAUAGAUUAGAGAGGUUGGAUAUAUCUUAAUUCAGCUGACAUUUUGUAACACCAAUAUUGUCUUUGGAUAGUUUGGCCAUUCAAGUAUUUGUAUCCAUCCAUGAUCACUAAGUCAUCUAUUUGUUGAGGCUGGAGAGUUUUGAUUUAUUAGUAUAGUGUUCUGAAUAUUUUAGCAAAAUUCUGCAUUCCGUCUAUCCUGUUACUGAUGGUUUAUGCAGUACCAUGUCAAGUAGCCUCGAGGUAAAAUUCAGUCAGUUCAGUACCUGUCAUGCAUAGUGUUAAAUGAAAAAUACUGGAAGCUGCCUGUUCUUGAAUUUCAAAAUACUCCUAGCCUUGAGUAUGAAUUGAAUGGUUCUUGCAUGUUAUUUUUCUUGUCCUUUUGCUUUCUUGCAUUUCUAACUACUACGAUGUGCAAUCAAUGAUUUCGGACUUGCUGUCUUGUGCAGCAAUAUUUUAACCUGGAAAAAUUGUUCAAUAACACAAGAAGCAUGUAUACAAACUGUGAAAAGUUUCUCUGUACUUGCAUAUAUAGAUGUUACUGUUGUGUCAUGUAAGUAGGUUUAGACAUGCAUUGAAUAACUAAUUUCUUCAAGACAGUUAAUGCAUUUGAUAUCUUAUUAGAUCUUU